UGAUUGGUUGGCUACGUUGAAGGGUCGUACUUUUCGAGCCAUCCUAACUGAAAAUGUAGCCAUAUCCUAGGUACAUUAAUUUGAUAUCUUUGCGGUUACGCGACCGUAUGGCCGUGGACCGGCACCGCUGGGGAGGUUUAAGUCACAGCCAUGUGAGCGUCCGGGUUUGGGUGCUUCAUCGUAACCAGAGCGGUUGAAACGAAGAUGACGCCGCGUCGCUCCCGAAAUGACCGGCUAGCUAGGGUAACAGCUAGCAUGUCCGCCGCGGUGGUUCAAGCCUGAGCUGACAUUUAGCGAGGUCCUUUUUUUUCCCUUCUCCACCCUCCCUCCUGUUUGACAUUCGCACCGCUGAGAGCCACUUUUCACGGUAGCCGGUGUAAGCCCCUCCCAUGCAGAAGGCGAGGAGGUGGGAAUGUAAGACCGCUGUAAUCGCACUCAACAUGGGCCGCGCCCGAGGCAGAGGGCGAGGCAGGGGUAGAGGCUCAGCGGGCCAGUUGCGCUCGCCCUCACCCUACAAAUUGCAGCUCUCUCCUUCUAGGGAGACGCUGACGUACGCCCAGGCGCAGAAGAUCGUGGAGGUGGACCUGGAGGGCAGGCUCCACCGCAUCAACAUCAGCGAUCCCCUGCCGGUGAUCACGGAGGAUGAGAUGAUGGCCCAGGACAUUGUGGAGUGCAACAGCAACAAGGAGAACAGUGUGCAGACGCAGAGGAGGAAGCCCUCCAACAACAAAGGAAGGAAGAAUUGCAAAAAUGUGUCACAGCAGAACAAGCGACUUGGCUCCCAGCAGCAAACGGCAUCCACCAAUUCCCUCCAGUUGCAGAGUCCGCUCCCAGAGCCCACCUUCCGUACAUUUAGCUCCGUUAGCCCCCUGGAAGCCUCUCCUUUGCCCACCGCCUACUACCGCUUCAUUGAGAAGUCCGGUGAGGAGCUGGACAGAGUCGCAGAGUACGACAUGGACGAGGAAGACCUGGCCUGGCUGGAGAUGGUGAAUCAGAAACGAGUAUGCGACGGCCACGCGUCCGUGUCCGCUGACACUUUCGAGCUUCUGAUUGACCGUCUGGAAAGAGAGUCCAUCUUAGAAUCUCGCAGCCUGGCACUGUCGCAGUGCGCCGUGGACGAGGACGCGUUCUGCUGCGUGUGCCUGGACGACGAGUGCCUGAACAGCAACGUCAUCCUCUUCUGCGACAUCUGCAACCUGGCCGUGCACCAGGAGUGCUACGGCGUGCCGUAUGUACCCGAGGGCCAGUGGCUGUGCCGCUGCUGCCUGCAGUCGCCUUCCCGCCCUGUAGAUUGCGUGUUGUGUCCCAAUCAAGGAGGUGCCUUCAAGCAGACCAGCGACGGACGCUGGGCCCACGUGGUGUGUGCCAUCUGGAUCCCGGAAGUGUGCUUUGCCAACACGGUCUUCCUGGAGCCUGUGGAAGGCGUGACGAACAUCCCUACCGCCCGCUGGAAGCUCACCUGUUACCUGUGCAAGCAGAAGGGCUGCGGCGCGUCCAUCCAGUGCCACAAAGCCAACUGCUACCGCGCCUUUCAUGUCACCUGCGCCCAGAAAGCCGGACUCUACAUGAAGAUAGACCCUGUACGGGAGACGGGCGUCAACGGGACCACUUUCUCGGUGAAGAAGACCGCCUACUGCGAGCACCACUCCCCGGAGGGGUCUCGACGGGACGGGUCUGGAGACGAGUCGGUGGAAGGGAGACUGGUUGGAGGAAGGGGAAACAGGGCGCAGCGCUCUUACACUCAGAGCUCCCCAACGCCACCAGCAAAGAAGGCGUCCAAGGGCCUGAAGAAGAAGAGCACGAAAGGGCCCACGCGUCGUUCCAAUGUGCCUGUGCUGCUUGUGCCUCAAAUUCCCUCUCACAGGCUGAACAAGAUCUGCACAGGAGUAGAAGUCCAGCGGAAGAAUCAGUUCAUGCAAAGGCUUCACAGUUUCUGGCUACUGAAGCGGCAGUCGCGAAAUGGGAUGCCUCUAAUACGGCGACUUCACUCCCACAUGCAGGCCCACCGGACUACCGAACAGUGUGUUCAGAAGGAGCCGGAUGAGAAACUGUGCGCUGCCCGAGAGGAGCUGCGUUACUGGCAGAAGUUGAGGCAAGACCUGGAAAGAGCCAGACUACUGGUGGAACUCAUUCGCAAGAGAGAGCGGCUAAAGAGGGAACACGUGGGUCAUGAUUUUGCCAAUUCUCACCGAAACCCAAAUAAUCAAACGAUGGACUAUGCUUUUCAGAUGAAAGUCCAGCAGGCUGCCACGGAGCUGAAGCUAACACCGGCGUUGGUGCUCCUGCGGACGACUUUGGAGCAGCUGCAAGAGAAGGACACUGCCAAAAUCUUUUCUCAACCUGUCAAUCUAGCAGAGGUCCCAGACUACCUGGAGUUUGUAUCCCGGCCCAUGGACUUGUCCACCAUGCGGACCAAGCUGGAGGGUCACGCCUACUGCUCUGUCGCCGACUUGGAGGAGGACUUUGAGCUCAUGAUCUCCAACUGCCUCAAGUACAACUCCAAAGACACCAUGUUCCAUAAAACGGCCUUGCAGCAGCGCGAGGUGGGCAGGGCCAUCCUUCGCCACGCCCACAGGCAGUCGCAGAGCAUCGGCCUGGACCCGAGCACCGGUAUGCACCUGCCCGAUUCUCCCAACAAGCACGGCUUUCAGCAGUGUACCUGGGAUGACGUUGACUCCCUCUUGGACCCCGAUAACAGGCUUCACCUGAGCACAGAUGAGCAGCUCAAGGCCUUGCUGGAUAAACUGGACGUGGUGACGUCCAUGCGGACAAGCGGUGGACGCACCAAGCGCAUUCGACUACUGCGGCGAGAAAUCAACAUGCUGAGGCAGAAGCUGAACCAGCAGCAGACUCUUAACGCCAAGGGGGAAGAGGAGGAGGAGGAGACAAAAGAAAAGAAGUCAAAAAGGAAGAUUGUGGAUAACGGAAUUGUGUCUGCAGAUGACUCCCCUCCUGUGUUAGAACUUACAUGUCCGGCGUCAUCGCCGCUUCCUGGCGACGCUCCGCUGGAACCGCCCGUCCUGGGCAUCGUAACGGGAGGCCGACGCUCUCCCGGGCGCUCCUACAAGCGGCAGAGAACAUCACGAAGCGGCAACAAAAGCCAGGGCGAGGACGAGGCCGAAGUGGGCGAAACGCCGUUUUCCCAACCGGAGGCCGUUCAUGAGGGCACGCCCUUGGGGACGCCGCCAGCCUCACCCGCGCUGGGCGUCGGCCGGCGCACGUCCGUCUUGUUUAAGAAAGCCAAAAACGGCGCGAGAGCUGGUAAAAAGAAAUCUCCGUCGCAGCACAACGGCAAAGCGGCAGAGGAUCCGACCAACGGCGUCCCCGCCAGUCCGCAUUCACCCCGUGCCAACAUCACCGUCCUGCCACCCACUCCUCCCUCGCCUCACUCACGCCACCUGAGAUCUCAAGGCCACAGCUCAGACAGCGAGGCGGACAAACACUCUGACCUAACAAAUGGAAAACACAUCUCGGAGGAACACGACGAAGACCAAAAACUCAACUGCAUGGCGUCACCUCCAAAACGCAGCCGAGGGAAACCCGCGCUGGCCAAGGAUCUCAUCAACGACAUUGGAGAUAUCUCAGAAUCGGGCAAGCUUACACUUCUUUGUCCAGACAGCAAGACGGAAUUGGCCCCUCUUGAUCUGGUGUGGGCCAAAUGCAGAGGAUAUCCAUCAUACCCUGCCAUGAUCGUUGACCCAGACAUGCCCCAGGAAGGACUCCUCCAUAACGGCAUCCCCAUCCCAGUGCCUCCUGUGGAGGUGCUCAAGCUGGGCGAGUGGAGGCGGACUGAGACUGGACAAAAGCUCUUCCUGGUGCUCUUCUUUGACACCAAACGGACCUGGCAGUGGCUCCCUCGGGAUAAACUGCUGCCCAUGGGAAUGGAUGACACGGUGGACAAACUUCGCCUGAUGGAAGGCAAGAAGCCGAGCGUUCGCAAGUCGGUGCACACGGCGUACGACCGAGCCAUGAUGCACUUGAACCGCAUCCGAGGCAACCUUAACUUCACCCCCACCUCCAACUUUAUAUGACUUUAUUUAUGGGGUUAGGGAGUUGAACCUCAAACAAAAUACAAACUUCUCCGGGUGCUCUAAAGAUGAAGGGUAAGUAGUGGAGGGUUAACACUGAGUUUAUAUGAAAUGAGUUUUAUUUUGACUUUUUGGCCAAAGUUAUUCAAGACUUGUAAAUACUGAACUCUGAAAAGGGAAACGUGUAUUUAGAUUGUAUUUUGUGAAAGUCUCACUUGACACUCGCCUUAUGGCUGGACUUAGACACAGCAUUAUCAAUAGUAGACCUGAGAGAACAUUACAGUGGAACCUCCUAAAAUCAGCUGUGGAUGACUUCCAAGUUGUUCUAGAUUUAAAUAUUUUUUUUCAAAUAGGAAAUUAUUGAGUCUGUUUCUGUAAUAAAAUCAUUACUAAUCAUACAAGGCAAACCACACAAUUCACUUUACAGGAUCUUUAAUUGUACUGUUCAUAUUAUAUGGAGCAUCACAUUAUAGAAAAGGCACAGAAAAAGCUCAUUUUGGAGGUUGCACUGUAUUUUCUUUUAUUUUUUGCACUUAAUAUAUUGUGGUCCAGCCAUGAUGUGAUAUAUAGUAUGUGGGACUUGUAGUCUGUACCUAUGUUUUUCCAUAUUGUGAAAGUGACAUUGUAUGUGUGGAGUACCUGCUAAGUGCAUACAAAGACUACUGCGGUCGAGCGACUCGAAUCGACUUAAAAAGCACAAACUGGCUCCAGUGUGUGCGUGUGCAAGAGUGCAUGUGGCACAUAUUAUGCGACUGAUUACUAAGCUUAGUAAAAAGUGUAGUUUUUGUGUAGUUUUGUACAUAUGUAAAUGUUUGUUUAUACCAGCUAACAGGAAGUAAUUUAAAAGGAAUGCAAUUUUAGAAUUUUAAUUUAUAAAAACAAAAAAAAAAACUGCUAUUUUAAAGCAAUGAGUCAAAUACGGGAAAAGACUUUUGUGUGUACGAUGCUUCGUAGCUCUUUGUAACCGUGACGACAUGUCAGGAGGUUUUCUUUAAGAAAAAUAAAAAGUCAAACGGCACAAGACCAUUCGCCUUUCCGAGGCAGAUCUCAUCUGCAAGAGGCCAUAUUUUCUCAAACAAUAAAAGCUGUUUCAAUCAACUGAA